CACCGUUAGCUUAGCUAUUUAUCUAGUUAGCUUCAGUUGCUUUACUUGUCAGACACUUUCAAGAAUAUUUAGUAUAUUUUCUGCUUCUUAUAUAACGUUAACUAUUCCUGAAGACGUUAACUGAAGGGGAUAGACACCCAGCUGAGAUGUUCGCAGACAGAAAGAAGUCAGCAGGUAACUGCAGCUCUGGGAACGUGGUUUACUCGUCCUCCUCAUUUCUGUGCCAACCAGCGAGGGUCCUGAUCGUAGAGGCGCUGCCCCCCAGGUGGUCUGAGAUUUGUACGGUGCUCUGUGAUGCUCUGGAUAACUUCCUUUCUUUGGCCUGUAGUCUGGAUGGACCCUGUAGGAUACCACUACUCAGCCUGUAUGCUAUCAGCAGGCAGCAGGAAUGUCUACUGCCAUUUGUGCAGGUCCGCGGUAACCUCGCCAGGCUGCGUUCCUGUGUCGAGGAGCUGAGGUCUAUUCCAGGUGAAGGUUGUGUCAGAGCAGCAGCCAGAGGAGGCGAGCUGCUGCGACAGGCAGUGCUGGACAGUCUGCAGCAGUUCAAACAGUACAGCAGACAUACCAGUACUGGCAACCAGGCCAGCAACAACACAUCUGUGGAGGUUACUGUGGUGACCAGUCAGCCAGGGCGGAACGUUGUUCGCCAGUUGGAGACGGGGCUCAAAGAUGCUGACCUGGUGUCACUGAAGCGGCUCCUGGUGGUACAGAUCUAUAACGCAGUAGAAUGGGGUCAGGACAACCCAUCACCUGAGGCCACGCACUCUGAGAGUGAAGACUGUCUGAUGUUGGGAACAGAGGUUGACCUGAAGCAGGUGGAAAACAGUGUCUUCACCAUGGAGAUGGUGUUGAAGGCGUGGCUUCAAGAGCAGGGAGGAGACAGAGAGCACCUCCACCUCCUACUGCCCAACCCCCUGGAUAAUCCCAUUCCAGUGUGCGUGAAGUGUGACAUGCAGGAGCGCCUGAUAAGCCCCGCCCUCAUCCCACUGAACCCCAACCUUGGCGUGAAGACGGAGAGCAUCCGGGACUUUCUGCCUGUCACUAAGGGAUCGGCCAAUCAGAGCCAACCACCACGGAGACUGAAAGUAAUUAAGACUCUGCGUGCAGACGGAGUGUGUGAAAGUGUGUUAUACGGCUUGCCGCUGGUGAUCCGCCCCACCACCUGCUGGCAGCUGGACUGGGAUGAAAUGGAGACCAACCACAACUUGUUCCACGCUCUCUGCCACACACUCAGGAGUCGUGACUUGUUCCUGCUGCUGCAGGUGGAGCCCGCACAGAGGUCCACAGCUGGAGACUCAGGUGUGUGUUCCCACUAUGUCCUCCAGCCAUCCCCGUCCCUCUCCCUCCUCCUGAAGCCCGUGGUCUCCAGAGAGUUGCUGCUGCCCUGCUCGCAGCCCGUCCCGACUCAGGAGCCUGCACCUGAUGCCGUGCAGGCUAUACAGGCUUCUCUCACUCAGCUGGACGAGGAGUUCCUGUUGAACCCUCUGUCUCUGAGCAGUAACCUGUACCAGCACCUCAGGAGCAGAGGCCUGUUCUCACAGCCACGAUACCCAUACAGGCUGCAGCCAGCAGCAGCGCACAGAGACCAGUCUCAACCACUAGAUGGCGCUAAAUCUACAGGCAGCAGACAGCCGCGGCAGGGUCGCCAACUGGGAGCGAACAGCAAGGUCAGGGCCACUGUGGCUCCCUUCCCCUCUUCCUCCUCCCACUCCUCUUCCUCCCUGGGACCACCUCCCGCUAAGGCCUCUCGCCCAGCUCUGACGCUCCUCAGCAGCAGCAGCAGCAGUGGAGGUGGUGGAGGUCGUCGGGCCCCGGCCCCAACUCUGCAGGUGGAAGACGACGAAGAUGAUAUCUCCAUGUUAAUAAAGGACAAAAAGGGACAUGACCAAACACAAGACCGAACAGUAAGACGCACAGCGACUCCAGAUGUUCAGGGUGAACAACACUUGUUUGGGAAGUCCCUGUCGUCCCUUGUACCCACUCCCUGGACUGUGUUGCUGGCUUCUGGGUAACCAGUCUUUACUGUGUGUCUUUCCCCUACAUUCACUUAGAGAGCUGAGUUUGUGACGGGAAGGUCAGCAGUUUGAAAAUCCUUUGACCGGCGAGGGGAAACCCAACAGAGGAGAAUGAGGCAAACUGACUGCAACUACAACAAGUCCUCAAGUGCUCCUUAGUACGGUCACAGCAGUAUACAGAUACCGUGGUAUGAAAAUGAACAGUUAUUAUACCAUGUGCAUUUGCUUAUCUAACGACCUGAAUUCUACUGAAUAAGUGUUAUUAAGAAAUAUAGGACAUCAUAUUUUGUGAAAUUACAAUACAGUGUAAAGUAAAACCGUGAUAUUUAUCUAUGGGCAGUUAUCGUAACACUCUCGUGCCAUUGCAACCCUACUAACCAGUCUUAAACUACAGUAUGAAACAGUCCAGUAAAGUUAAAGUAUCACAGAACUCACAGCAUGAAAAUAGAUAUGCGAGUCAGUCUAAAGGUGUCAUUAUAUAAGAGGACUGUGUGGCCAGUGUAACAGCAACUACAGGCUGAUAUCAAUAUAGAUUGGUUAAAAAAGAAUCUGAUGGCUACACCUCGGCCAGUACCACUUUCAUUUUUUAUUACCAGAAUAAGCAGCAAACAGUUUAUUGUUUCUUUAGGUGUUGUAACUCAUGCAGGAUAUUUACAGUCUACAGAAGAAUAUAUAUCUGCACAACAAAUGUACCUAAGAGUGUCCCUAAUAGACACGGUGGUCCGGCAUGCUCAAAGCCGGGAAAUGAGCAGCUAAAUGGAAUUCAGCCGUUCGAAGCCAUUAUUGUUUACUUUUCCUACUGCGACGUGUGGGGAAAAAAGGACUAUAAAUAAAUG